AUGCGCGGUGGGGCCAGUGCGCGGUGGGCGCUGCCCGAUGGCCGAACUCGGUGGCCGUUGCCCGGUGCCCGUUUCGCGGUGCCCGGUGCUCUGUGCCCGAUGUGCGGAGCCCAGUGCCCGCUACCCUGUGUCCGGUUCCCGGAGGCCGGUGCUCGGUGCCCGGUGCCUGGAGCCUGCUGCCCGGUACCCUGGGCCCUUUUCCCGGUGGCCGCAGCCCCGCUCGGCGCCGCGGGGAGCGGAGCGGAGGCAGCGCCCGGACGCGCCUCUCCCUUCCCGCCGCCGGUCCCGCUCCGGGAUGGCCGCGGGAAGAGCCCGGGAGCCGCCGCAGCGGGAAGGGAGCCCGGACAGCCCGGGAGGCUGCACCGCCCGUUCUGCUGCCGCAGCGCUGACACUGGGAGGGUGCCUUCCUUGGAGCCUGUUCAGGCCAUUGUGUGGAGCUUUUCGCCUGACUGGUUUCCUGUAGCAGAACAUUCCAUGCAGGAUUCAUUUCUCCAGGUGAUUUGCAUACCUCCUGCUUGGAAGGGCCACAUCAGACCAGGAAGGGGCCAGGGCGAGUCCAUGGACUGCCUGCUGAGUUUCUUUGUAUUUGGAAUUCCCUCCAAACGGCAGCGGCAUUCUGUGGAGCAGUAGGAGUUGAUUCAGGGAUGCACCUGCUGAAGGAAGUCAACAAACCCAUUCUGAGCCCUUCUGGAGAGAUGACACCGUUGAGCUGCACAGAGCUGAUUCUAUUGUGACAUCUAAAAGAAACCAGAAAUCUCCUACUGGCCACUGAGGGCCAAAAAAAUCUCUGGUUUCAUGAGGGAGGCAGAACUAGCCACAGAUAACAUUAUCUUCCAUGUGGGAUCUGAUAAACAGAAAUUAAAAUCUAGCAGGUGGCACUUGGCUUUGCUUUU